AUGAAAGACAGAAGUUGUCAAACAAAUCUGAUUUAUUUUUAUGAGAAGGUGAGCAAAACCUUGGACAGAGGGGUGGCGGUGGACAUGGUAUACUUGGACAGAGGGGUGGCUGUGGACAUGGUAUACUUGGACAGAGGCGUGGGGGUGGACGUGGUAUACUUGGACAUAGGGGUGGCGGUGGACGUGGCACACUUGGACAGAGGGGUGGCGGUGGAUGUGGUAUACUUGGACAGAGGGGUGGUUGUGGACGUGGUACACUUGGACAGAGGGGUGGCGGUGGACGUGGUAUACUUGGAC